AUGGAAUCCUGCGAAUCUACCCACGAAUCUACUGUCUAUCUCGAAGACCUCGAUAUUCCUCGUGUCGACAAGGAAGGGAAGCCCACUGUUACGUCCGUGGUGUCGGCGACAACGACAACGGCAGCUUCUACUUCCGUGAAGCGACAGCGAACCCUAAUGGAUAUGUUCGCGAACUCGCAAGGAAAAAAUGCCUCCGAGCCCUCUGCGAAGAAGCUGAAACUCUCGCCAGCUUCCUCGGCGCGUCAGGGCGCGUCGAGCAGCACCAGAGGAGUAGCUAAAGGCUUUGGCGUUCAAAGGUUGAAUUCCAUCCCAUUUUCCAUGUCAGGAUUCCAAGAAUCUAUGACCGAUGAACAGCGGGAUCUGCUCAAACUCGAAUGCGAGGCCAUGGGAAAAAGCUGGCUUAAAUUACUGAAAGAUGAGAUCAAGAAACCCUAUUUUCUAUCUUUGAAAAGAUUUUUAUGGGAAGAAGGCGUGAGAGGGAUUCACGAUAGCCCACUGCCGCUUAAGGUAUACCCACCCCCCAAAGAUAUCUACUCGUGGUCGAGCACGCCCUUGGGAAAGGUCAAGGUGGUCAUCAUUGGACAAGACCCCUAUCACGGCCGUGGCCAAGCUCAUGGGCUGUGUUUUUCUGUACCUCUCGGAGUCGCAAUUCCGCCUUCUUUGCGAAACAUUUACGCAGAAAUUAAGGCGGAAUACCCGGAGUUUACUCCCCCAAAACAUGGAAAUCUGACAGCCUGGGCAACCAAUGGGGUCCUCAUGCUGAAUACAUGCCUGACCGUUCGAGCCAACACAGCAGGUUCACAUUCCGAGAAAGGGUGGGAGCAAUUCACAGAUAAAGUGGUCGAUGUUAUCGAUAAAUAUGGCGGUGCCAACCUGUCCAGCAAACUGGCCCAAGCCGAUACGGGCCUCGGCCGAGGAGUCGUUUUUCUGGCCUGGGGGGCUUGGGCGGCCAAACGAGUGGCCAAGCUUGACAAGACGAAGCACCUGAUACUGACGAGCGCCCAUCCUUCUCCAUUUUCUGCGCAUAAAGGGUUCCUUGGAAACGGCCACUUCAAAGCAGCCAAUGAAUGGCUGGAGCGGAAGUACGGGUCCGAUGGGACAGUGGAUUGGUGCACUCUGAACGCAGAGUAAAUUCGGUUCGCGCCCUAACACAUGUUUCUCAUGUUGCUAUGCCGCUAUGAUACCCUCGCCUCCUUUCCCGUCUCGGUCGCAGCAUGAUCGAACAUUUUGACAUAUAUAGUGUGUUAACGCCGGUGCAGUUUUUGGUUGUUACCCGAUAUUUACAUGGCAUGUAUGGAACAAAAUAUGUCACAGCAAUGCAGUGGAACCUUGAUCUACACGUACUUUUACUCGCGAUGUGGCGCACGCAUCGAGCCAUGUAUGUUCUGCAAUGUGCAGACUUGCUGACAUAUCGCUGGCGGAUCUCCGGAAGGAGUUCGAACCUGAAACAGCAAAUUGUGAUCAUCCAGUCAAUCGCCCUGAUAAUCUUUUCGUCCGGUUCCACCACGUGGCCUUCUGAUUGUCUCACUUUAUGAUGCCGACGCCACAGUGCAAAGACUAAACAACUGAGCUUUAAAUCUUAGGCGGAUGCAGUCAUAU